UAAGCGCGCAUCGGCAAGCAAGUGUGGGCACGCGAAAACGAGUUUGACGUGUGCAGCAGAGGCGACGCAAUCUAGACGAGCGCACAUACAAAAUACACCAGAAAAUAAAAGAGGCAACAGCGCGCCACGGAGGGGUGUGGCUGCUGAUUGCAUUGCGCGUACCGGCCGCUAGAGUGCGUCACUGCAUUGCCGUGCAAACGCAGUGAUUUUUCCAAUUAGAAAAUACCGGAAGUUGCGCUGCAACAGCGACGGCUGAAAGUAGUGUCACAAUGGCGAUUUCAAAAGCUAAGUAAACGUCGGCGAGCAUCACUACGAAGAAAUAUGACUGUCGUAAUUGAAAAGUGAUGAAUUUAAUAACAGGCGCGUGUUGAUUUUUAAAAAGAAAACAAGUAAUAAGCCUUGUGCGAUAUACUGCAAGAGAAAUUUUUAUAGAAAUUACCGUCGGCAACACCACUUAAAAAUAUACAUUCAAGAGCAAAAAAAAAUUUAGUUUUAAGUUUGAAGUUCUGUGAUUGGUGGUCUACAGUUGCGCCUGAAACGCUGACUCAUAAAGUUUUUUUUUUUUUGCUAAUUAUAAUUUUUCAAUAAUUGAUUGGUGAAAAUCCGGCAUUAUUUGGAAAGUGAAACUUAGUGAUUUGCUAGCAUAUUCAAUAAACAAUGGCUGCUUAUGCCCAAUAUAACGGCUGUGGUUAUCCGUCGGCAAAUCAAUAUCUCUCAGCUGGCGGUGCGCUCUCAACUCUACAUCCCAUAUCGCAAUCGCCCAUUGCUGCUACAACGCCCGCUCACCCGCCCGCCUCGAUCAGUCCCCCAUCCAAUGGACACGACAGCAAUGUUAGUAGCACCGGUGGCGGUGAUCAUAAUAGCGGUACAUUAACACCAGAUCCAGCUUCGCAGCCCUCCAACCAUGAUAGACCUUGUGCGGCCGGUAGUAGCGGCAGCGCUAGUGGCAGCAUCGACAGUGGUUCUCUUGAGCCUUAUGCCACAUGUCCAACGGCCGGUACAAUGGCGAGCAUACCACAACCGCAACAACACCCGCUCGCCUCUACUGCAAUUUGCUGUGAUAAUGGACGACCCGUUAUGACAGAUCCGAUGACGGGGCAAACGGUUUGUUCGUGUCAAUAUGAUCCAACCCGUCUGGCGUUAAGUAGUUAUGCGCGUAUGCAAUCGGCGGCAGCAGUGGCAGCAUCAGCAGCGGGCGCUCAAACGCCCACUGUCGGCGUAUACGGCACUCCAUAUCCAUCGAACGAACAGAACCCGUAUCCCAGUAUUAGUGUGGACAGUGGACCGUUUUACUCGAGUUUG